AUGUCGAGAGUUGAAGAAGCGAAUGUUUCAAAGACGAAUGUUCUGAAGAAAGUAGAGGAAGCGGCUCAAGAAAUUGAAACCAGCAAGAGGGUAUUGGACGAAGCUGUGGAGAGAGUUGAUGCUGCAAAUGCUUCAAAGAUUGAAGUAGAAGAGGCGCUGCGAAACUGGCGGUCAGAGAAUGGACAGAGGAGAAGAUUAUCUUCUUCAGUGAACAACACUUCCAAGUUCAAGAGCAAAAGAGAGACAACGUGUUCAAUCGGAGACUCAACCUUCAACACAACGCGUUUGAUAGAUGUAAAUGGUUUGAAUCUGACAUAUGAAGUUGUUGGCGGGUCAUCAUCAUCUUCUUCAGUCCCUGUCUUGAAGCCAACAAUGUCAAUAGGGCAAAUACUCAGCAAGAAGCUACUUCUUGCAGAGGAUUCAGAUAUGAAUGUUGCUAGCGAGAGAAGGAAAAUGUCGUUGGGUCAGAUGCUGGCAAAGAAUAGCAAUAGUGAUAAACCUGUAAGCAAGAGGAGUGAAGGGAAAAGGUCGACGACUCGAAAGAGAAAGAGUUUCGGAUUUGCUAAGAUCUCUGUGUUAUUGAACAAAGAUAGCAAGAAUAAGAAGAAGAAGAAAAAGAUAGCUUUGAACUUAAGGUGA